AUGGCUGAAUAUUCUAACUCAUUUUCUAAAUAAUUUAGAGAAGAUUAAGAGGAAUUUUUGAAUAUUGCCAUAAAGAAAUGGAAAUUUCAUAAGAAUUUCAAAAGAAACCUGAUAAUAUUUAGUAUAAUUGGUAUGAGUAUAUGUAACAUAGGAAUAUUUUUAUUGGUUUUUGCAAUAGUAUUUUUAGUAUUCAAUUUACAAAUAGUUGAAAAGGAUGUCUAUUAUGGAUCAUCAUGUACAACAAAUUAACUUAAUUGUGAAAUACCAAUUGAAAUAUCAAAUGAUAUGACAGCACCAAUAUUUGUAUAUUAUUAACUGGAGAAUUUUUACAGAAGAAAUAGAAAUUAUUUCAAAUCAAAAUCUGUUGAAUAAUUGAAAGGGAAUGUAGAUACUGAUCUUUCCAAUUGUGGAGAUUAUUAAACUAAUUCUGAUAUGGGUAGCUAUUUGAAAUUAAUUAAAAUAAAGAGAAAGUAAAAUCAUAUGGUGGCAAUACAUUAAAUAAGAGUGAAAAUGCAUUUCCAUGUGGUGAAAUAGCCUAUACAUAUUUUACUGAUACAUUUAAAUUAAAAAAUUCUAAUGGAGAAUUUGUUGAGAUUGAUGAAACUGAUAUAGCUUGGGAAAGUGAUAGAGAAUAUAAUUUUAAAAAUCCAAAAGGAUGGGAAAAGUUUGCUUGGACCAAUAUUGAAGAUGGUAAAAUGUUUUAAAUGAACUAAAGAACAUUUUAUGGUUUGGAUGAGAACAGCCGGAUAGGGUAGAUUAAAGAAAUUAUGGGGUAGAAUUUAAAAUGAUUUAAGUAAAGGACAAUAUAUAUUGAUUGUAAAUAAUAGUAAUUCUUUUAUUUAUUUAUUAGCUUAUAAUGAAUAAUUGUAUUCAUCUGAUAUGGUCAAGAGUUUCUUUAUGACAACUACAACAAUAUUUGGAUAAAAAAAUAUGGUAAAAAAAAUGAAUUUAAAUUAAUAGGUUCUUGUUGGUUCAUAUUUUGCUGGAGCUUUUAUAUGUUUGUGCUCAAUUAUUGUACUUGUUGUUAUAUACUUUAGAGAUAAGAGAAGAAAAAUAAUUUGAUUAUUUAAUUUAUUAAUUUAUAACAAACAUAUAUGAAAGCAGAUAGUUUUUAAACUAAAUUCCUAGCAUAAUAGAUUAAGAAUAAAAUAGAUCAAAAAAACUAUCACUCUUCUUUUAAUCUUGGAACCAGUGUUUUUACAUCUAAAAUGAAAUCAGAGGAGUCAAUUGAUAAAAAGCUAUCUGUUAGUUAACCAAUGUCUCCUAGUUAUUUAAAAGCCAUGAGAGCCUUAUAAGAUAGAAUAAGAACUCUAGAAGGAGAGAAUGGUAUUCUCAAUGAAUAAAUAGUAUGAUUCAAUCAUUAUACAUUUAUAGAAUAUAUCGUAAAAUUAUUGUACAACUGCUCAUGUAAAAAGUAAAUAAAGAAAUAAAGUUGAGAAACUAUUAAGUAUUAUGACAAAGAAUGAUGUAUCUUAAAAAGAUAAAAAUGAUGAAAAAGAUUAGAAAAUUAAAGAACUUGAUAAGAAAUUAAAAUAAUCAGAAAUAGAAAAUGAGGAUAAGAUUGCUUAUAUUCAUUCUGAUUAUAAAUUUUAGAUUAGUUAGAAUGAAUCAAAGAUUAGAGAAUUAACAGAAGAAAUUAGUAAUAUGUAAUGUAAAAAUCUUAAUUAGAUAACAAUAAUUAAAUUUGAAUAUGGAUACAAAUGAAAGUUAUAAAAAAAAGAUUACUUAAUUAAAUUAAUAAUUGCAAAAAGAAAAAUAAGUAAAUUUAUUCCUUUUUAUAAAUAGAUUAUACUUAAUUAUCAAUUAUAAUUAGAUACAUUUAUAAAAAGUAGUAAAUAAUGGAAUGAAAGUAUGUCUAAAAUGAAUUAAGAUAUAAAAUAAUACAAAGAAUAAAUAUAAGAAUUAUAAUAAUAUUUAGAUUGGUAUACUACUUAAUAUCCUGUUGAUAAAUUUUAAUAUAUGGAAUUAGAAAUUAAAUAAUUAUAAAUUAAAAAUACUGAUUUAGUAAAUUAAUUGGAUUAAUAAAGAUAAUAAAAUUCUCAAUUGCUUUCUGAUAUUUAAUUACUUAAAUUAUAAUAUGAAAGAAUAGAAUCACAAAAACAUAAAUAAAUAGAGUAAUUAAAUGGUAAAAUCUUUGAAUUAUAAUUAUUGGUCUAAAGACAAGACUCAAAAGAUUAACAUUAAUAAACUUCGAAUAAAAAACAAGUUAAAAAGUUUUCUAUUACUCAAGUACCUACUUCAGAAUAAGAGUAAAUUAAAUAAACAACUGAUGAUGAUAAUAGUUUCGUAAUUAUUAAAAAGAAUAAUGAAGAUACUUAAGAGUAUGAGAAUAUUUCAAGAUAAAUAAUCAAAUUGGAAUUAAUGUUGGAAGAACUUGAUUAGAAAUAUGAUUAAAUUGUAAAAUAAGCUUAAAUUGAGACAGAUAUGAGAGUAAAGUAAACAUUGAGACAAGAACUAAUUAAAAUCUUGGCUUAAAUUAAGGAUAUUAACUAAUAAAUUAAUUUAUUGAUUUCCUAGUAAAAAUCUUUAAAAACUAAAUUAUGA